AUGGCCCAACACACAGCUGACAAGAGAGAGGACAUGGAAGCCGGUGUAAAGAAACAACCCAGCCGUGACUACGAUGCAGAACACGCUCACAAGGAGCACGGAGGCGGACGAGGGAUGCUCGCAAGGUCUGCGACGCGCAUCCAUACGAAAAAAUCUCUCCUGGGAUGUAGUUUUGUAGCGCGCACAUUUAACCAGGGCCAAGGGCCCCGUUCCGAGCAAGAUUCUGAGUCCAACCCAGAGCGCGCAUCGCAUCGCAAAAACAAGUCAAAAUCCGGGGGCUCGCCUCCUAUAAAGCCUAGCCAAAUUAUGGACGAGCACCCGGGCCAGAACCCUGCCGAGCUAGAGGACCCGGAAGGUGUCCAUCCAUCAACGAAGGUCGAACCCGCACAGAAUACUCGAACUCGUGACGGCAAAGUUAAACAGAUGGAGAGCCAUAUAGUUGCCUUGGCGAGAGGAAUCACCGAGUUAGACAAUGAUCGCAAACGACUGCAAGCGCAAGUUCGCUCGGCAAGGAGCGGUUCCUGGGUCACCAAAAGUAGUCGGCAGAUCCGCGAAGAACUCUCGAGUCUGGAGGCAGCAAUGCGACAUUGGGCCGAGAAUUAUAGCGUUGGUGAGAUACGUGCGCUCGAUAGCUUGCCGAUCGAGGAGAAGAACGCCAUCCUGGAGCGGCUGAGUGGAUAUUGCGCGCAGGUGGAUUGGACCACACUCAUUGAGAAGGCGUCAACGAUGGCAGACAACAUCCCAGCUCUUCUGAUGCAGGCUUUACUAGCCAAGGAUAUUUUCGGAACCAUCUUUGCCAACCCCUUCUUUGCCUUCGGGGAGUCUAAGGAACCCUCCACGGCGCACGCCGCCCAAACAUUAUCUUUUCUAUACGCAUCGAUGCUGGAUGUCAACAAGGAAGAAGCCCAUAUCUGGCGUUCGCAAACCCUCCGGCUUUUAGCUACACCUCCCCCGAACUCGGUGCACAAUGCACCGUUGCGCGCGAAGGUGGAAGCCAUCACUAGUGAGCUUGCGGUUGAAUUCCUCGCUGGACCUGUUCAGUUACUGUUCCGACACAGAAAUGAUUCAUGGGCGAUCCAGCGCAACCAGGAACUCUACCAGCUUUACCAGACCGCUGGUGAAUUGGCCAUCUCCCUGUGGACGCAGCGAUCCUUCAUGAGGUGUUACUGUAUGGAUGAGCUCCCCAUUUUUCGGGCAGAGCAUCCAGUAAUGAGUGCACAUCCUCUUCAUCGUCCACAUGGGAACGACACCAGAUUAGACGGCAAGAAUGCUCUGAUCAUAGUGCAUCCGGCCAUUGUUGCCUUCGGGAAUGAAUACGCUGAGCAUUAUGACCUAUGUAAGGUUUGGGCUAAGGGAAUUAUCCUGGUGGAUGAACACACGUGA